AUGGUUUUCCUCAGACGGACAGCGCUGCUUCGCUGCCUGCUGCUGUCGGCCAUGUUGGUUCUGUUCCUCUUCGUCAGCUCCUUCUGGCUCCCUCAGAGUGGACUCAGAGAAUGUGGCAGCGCCUGGCAGCCAUGUUUGGAGGUCCACCCCCAAACGCCUGCGCCUCCAUUGGUCCAUGACGAAGCCCCGCCCCUCAUAAAGGAGUGUCCCGGCCAAUCGUUUCAGGCCUGGCGUCUGCUGCGGUAUUUAAAGUCCAGCCGCGCGGAGGCCGACGACAUCUUGCUCGAGCCGUACCUGCAGAGCUGGGAUCAGCUGCUCAAUUUCAUGGAGUCUCUCGGGACCAUGGUGGGCUUCUUCUCCCAGAAGGUGAAGGAGAAGGUUGUCCUGAUACGAGAGCUGGCCCUCAAACGAGCCGCCGAGGCUCAUGGGAAACGCGGUCCGUCUGGCCUCUCGGGACUACAAACGCCAGCGUCGUUUGGACUACGGAGCGGGCCGUACCGUUCGGUGCGCUCCAUGGUGGAGGCGGAGCUUAAAGGCGGCGUGGUGAACUUCUCUUGGCGGACCGACUCUGGCUGCAGGACUCUGCUGCGGCUGCACCGCUCGCUGCUGUGGCUGAAGCUCAUGCUGGAGGGACUGGCUGAAGAAAAACGCCCGCUGCUCUCCAUCCCCCCCCCCCCCCUCCUCAGGGACGCCUACAGGGUGGCGUUGGCGCCCCACCACCCCUGGGUGCUGCGCCAGGCGGCGGAGUUCGUGUUCCUGGCGCUGCCGGACCGAGGCUUCUUCCUGCAGCUGGUCUGCGUGGAGACGCAGCGCGACGCGGCGCCCGUGCUGCACGCCAUCAUCCACGCUCUGGAGCUCGUGCACGCGCAGACGCAGCGGAUCCUCGCCGAGCACGGCAUGCUGGAGCUGCCCUGA